AUGGACGAUUUUUUGCGCGACAGCAUCAGCAUUAAGAAGGACGUGAAAAGACUGUGCCAAUUCUACCGUGGCAACUUGUACCGUAACAUCCGCUACGUAGACGACGAGAAGACGCAAAAGUGCGUGCUGCCUUGCACACCUUUGGCAAUUGUCAAGAUCCUCGAACACCUUGGCGUUUACGACAAGACCAAGCCUACUGGCAACCACUUGUCAGGUGUUAACAUCACGGCUAUUAACCGUAGUGACAUUGUCGGCCGCCAAUUGGCUGCUAUGCUUGCGAAUGACGGCGCUGACGUGUACAGCGCCGACAUUGACUCGCUGUACCUAUUCCGUCGCGGUAAGCUCAUCCCGAGCGAAGAGACGCAGGAGACGGCGUCUGCCGCUUGA